CUUUACUUUUACAGUAUGUCGACUGUACCACUUCAUCAUCAACAAGAUCGGUACAUUCAUAUCAUCUUCCUUCUUAUUGACUACCACUUCACUUCGCCGAAUCAGAAUUUCAUCAGGCGAGAUGGCACUUCAAGGACAAUUUUUCUUCUCAUACAAACCCUCAGUUGCAGCAGUCGUGAUAGCAGCCCUCGUCUUCAGUGCGAUAACAGCAAUACACGUAUAUCGGUUCGUGGAGAAUUAUAAGACAAAGCGCAUCAGGAUACUACUUGUGCUCUCCAUGGCGUCAUUUAAUGAAGUGUUGGGCUACGUGCUACGCAUCCCAGGAAGCAGGAGUAGUCGUACCGGUGCCAUUCAUGCAUUGAGUCCACUUCUCUUACUUCUUACACCCCUGAUGGUGACCUCAGUCAUAUACUACAUUUUCUCCAAGAUCUCCACAGCUGUCGCACCACAUUGCGUUCCGCUUAAGUCUUCUUUGAUGCUCAAGAUCUUGAGCGGAGUAGAUCUCGUAUGCCAGCUUGCAAUUUCAGCAGGUGUUAUGGUAGCGGCUCGAGCGAACUCCAGCGCUGGUAAAGGAGUCUUGUUGGCUGCGAUUGCUAUACAUGUCAGCAAUACUAUGGGCUUUAUGAUUGCUGUUGUUAUCUGGCAGCGCCGAGUCGGUGGGAAAUGGACUGAAGGUCUAGAUCACCUGUCUAUCUCCACGCAACGAGAUGUCCUGGCAAUUUACAUUGCAACGGGUCUUAUUAUGUUACGCAGCUUAUUACGCUUCAUCGAGUUCGCAUGCGGUCCUAACGGACCCUUUCAGGACCACGAGGCUCCAUUCUAUAUCUACGACUUUCUUCCUAUGGCGGUCGUAUUGAUUACAUGCAUCCAAUGGUAUGACAGCGACAACAUUCCAACUUCAUAUCGCUCAAGGGAUAGGGAGUUAGAAGAAGUAGUUGUGCAAGAUGCGUAACUUUCGUUGUUAGAAAAGAGAUGGCAAGAGACUCUCAAAGGGUGCUAGCUUAGGCGUCCGGACUAUGAGUGACUAGU